AUGGGGUCAACGUUCUCGGUCAUCAAGACCUUGAUCGUCCCUGCAGUCAUCUCCCUCAUACUCUUCCUCACAACGACCUUCGUCCUCUACCCGCUCUGGCAACGCUACCGCAAUCGAUAUAGCCAAUACCUUCCCCUCGAGACGAUAUCAAACCAAACGCUAUCGCUCCGAUCCAGGAUACAAGAAGCAUUAAUUCGCUUCCUAGCGCCGUCAGCAUGGCGAGCGCGAGUCGCAGACCGUAUUGCGGUAGCUGAGCGAGGCUCUUUUGAUUCAGAAGAAGGAGAAGAGCUCGGAGAUGUGGAUGAGCCUCUUUCAAGAAGAGUGUUGGAUCGAGAAAGGGGCAUACCCAUCGAUAAUCAAAGAAGGCUUAGCAGAGAUCUCGAAGAAGGGUUUAUGGACGACAGCGACGACGACACAGAAAGUAGUCGAACCCGAUAG